CAGUCUUGCGUUUUCAGAGUGACAGGUUUUCCUGCCUAUCUCAUGCUUAAUUCAGAGGCUUAAAAAUAGCCUCCAGAUGUUUAUGAUUGGACAGCUGCAGAGCAAGAGCGGCCUGUCUGAGCAAAUAGGACUGUGAGAAAAGACACAGCAAGAUCAAAGGAGCAGAUGCCAAAAGACAGCAGCAAAAGAAACCGGACAAUUGGUGGGCAAGAGGAAAUCCAGAAAGAUUUGUGUGGGUUGAAGAAAUCGCUCGGUGGGUGACGAGAGAAAUGUUGCACCGCAUAUAGGUGUGGCCUUAAGAGACGUGAAAAUUUGCCAGGGAAAGUGAAGAGAGAAUAUUUGUGGAUCGAUGGGGUGCAGGAAGAAGAUUUUAUAGAAGGAGCAGGAAGAAGAUUUCAUAGAAGGAGCGGGAAGAGAGGCACUGGCAAAAAAAAAUCUGGGUGAGUCAAGGAAUUCCUUCAGUGGAGCAGGAAGUGGGAGAAGAAGGAUUCCUUAGAAGCACUGCAAUUUCAGACUAGAAGGCUGCUAUAUCUCUUGGUCCUUCUGUUGUCACAAGUAUUUCACAACCAACUUAAGUUGGUUAAAUUAUUUAUUGGCUCUAAAAGACUGCAUUGACUGUUAAGCACAUCUCAACAGCUUCUUGGAAAGUUGUUUAGGCCCACAUCACUGGCUUGGAAAGGCAAUAGUUACUGCAAUGGAGACUGGAUUGACCUUUGACAGGGAGAGCCAAUUGCAAUCAACGUCUAAAGAGACUUAUCAUUCUAUAAAUGCAACUGAGCUACCAAGUUUAGUGCAUCGUGGGAAUACUGAAGAACUGCUCCCUCAGACAACAUCACAGGAAGGUCCUCCCAAAACAUCUCAAUGCUGGAAAGAUGCUGGAAAUGGGUCAUCACUUGUGGCCACUCAAGUAUUGCAAUCUAUGAGCAGCCAGUCAUGGCCAGAUGCCAUGAACCGCGAAAAGCUGCAAUCUAAUGAAAUGGAUAGUCCUUUGAAGAGCUCAGAUCCAGCAAAUUCAUCUGAAGAGGUUGUGGCGGGUGUGGAUACUGUUCCUGAGGUUGUAUCACCCUUGUCCCUUCCACUGAAAAACACAUGGAUGCUUCAACUCCACCUAGAGGAUGACAUUGAGGACUACCUGGAGGGAUUUGAGUCCGUGGCCUACACCAACCGCUGGCCCAGGGCAGAGUGGGUUGCUAAACUGAAGCCAUAUCUGAGCCGCAAAGCUCUUCUAGCCUGCAGCAUCUUGGAACCCAAUAUUGCCAAUGACUACGACAUAGUCAAAGAGCGCAUCCUCAAUCAAUAUGGCAUCACAACUGAAAUGCAACGCCAGUGCUUCAGGCAGUUCCGUUACCAGGAAGCCAUGGGCCCCCGAGAAACCUGCCAAAUUCUCCAGGCCCUUGGACGGCGUUGGUUGAAGCCGGAAAGGCACACCAAAGAACAGAUUUUGGAGUUACUCAUACUGGAGCAGUUUCUCAUCAUCCUGCCCCCAGAAAUGCAAGACUGGGUCCGAGGAUGCUGUCCAGAGACUUGUGCUCAGGUUGUGGAUCUUGUUGAAAGUUUCCAGCUGGGAAAUGAGCCACCAGUGCCACUCAAGGACAUUGACGUGAAGUUCUCCAAUGAAGAGUGGGCUUUGCUAACUGAGGAGCAACGAGCACUGUAUGAUGAUGUCACGCUGCAGAACUUUCAGAAUAUGUCCACUCUGGGAAUUCCCCUGGAGAAACCUGAGGUAAUCACCCGGAUACAGCAAGGGGGAGAAUUGUAUUUUCAGAAUAACACUAUCAAUUCUCCAAAAGAUCGAUUCAUAGCAAACCAACUGUCACCAACUGUCACCCAAGGGGUGGAAAAACGUUCUUUUUUAAAGAGAGCCACAAAGACAGUUAAGGUACAAGCCAUCGCAAUGGAAGUACCUCAGGACAGUGUAGGUCUAGGGGAAACACUUGUCAAAGAGCCAUCUUCUAAUUCUAUCAAAGAGGCUGCUGCAUCAGUGCCCUCAACUAGUACUCUCCCCCUAAAAAAGCCAUUGAUUUCCUCAAAGCCUAAAUCUUCCAAAAGAAAGAAGCACCAGCCAUCUAGAACAGACGGGUUGGCUUCCACAAAAGGUAGGGAUCAACCAUCAUUGCUGCAGAAAAGAUCUGGAAAAAAGGAAUCAGGAAGCCAAAUUUCGACUGCCAAGGCUGGGAAACAAAAGAAGAUCCUGGUUCCUCAAGGUGCUAAGUCAUCACAGCUGAAGAAGCCAACUGCAUCCGUAGGGCAGCACCCCAAACAGAAGAAGAAAUCUGAGGUUCUGAGUGAACCACCCAUGCUGAACAAGGAAACCCUGUUGAGUGAAAAGAUUGUCCAGGACAAAGAGCAUCAGCUGGCAUUUCUGGAAGUAAAAGUCCACGAAACCUCUCUCCCUGUCACCACGUGGAAUCCUCCUUUCAGUGCCACUGUGGUCUCUGAUCUCACGUGCCUGGAAUGCGGGCGGUCUUUCAAGCAGAGGUUUGACCUGCGCCAACACCGGUACGUCCAUACACGGGAGAAGCCAUAUGCCUGCACGUUGUGUGAAAAGUGUUUCAGACACCCAAGCAACUUACAUAUCCAUUUGCGGACGCAUAGCGGGGAACGGCCCUAUCAGUGUCCUGAAUGCGGGAAAGCUUUUUCCCAAAGUUGCAACCUUCGGACUCAUAGCAAGAUCCAUACAGGUAAUAAGCCGUACAAAUGCUUUGUCUGUGGCAAGUCCUUCUGCCAUAGCUCCAAUCUCACCAUCCAUCAGCGAAUACACACUGGAGAACGCCCUUAUCCAUGCUCGGUCUGCUCCAAACGUUUCAGUGACAGGUCCACCCUGGUGCAGCAUGAACGGACCCACACUGGCGAGAAGCCCUACGCUUGUGCGGUCUGUGGACAGAGGUUCAGCCAGAUAUCUCACCUCGUGAAGCAUGGCCGCAUGCAUCCAGAUACUGGUGACCCAGCAGAGCCCACUGAAGACUCAUCUUCAAACACUUCCAAAAGGGUCUUCAUGCCACCUGGUGGAAAAGCCUCUUUCCGAAUGAAGGGUCAGAAGCCACCUGCACGGGAUGAGAAUCUUGCCUGGAUUUCAAAAACAUGGGCUUCUUCUUCCUAGGCUAAUGGUCAGCAGAAUUGCACCACUACAUAGAGGUGGUUGGGCAUAUUGGAAAGGCAAAAGAGAAACCGAGACUUACGAUAAGCAAAAGAAAUGGCUGGCAGAGAAGUGGUAACAGAAAGUGUAGGAAGGGAUGGGAGAAUUGCUUCGUCUGGAAGCCUCCCUUGCAAAUAAUCUGCUGUAAAUUGCUAGACUUCAUUAUCUCAUUCAGAGGAACAUCGGGGGGGAGGGGGGAAUAAUCCAUGGGUGCAAUACAGUCUAUUAAAAAAAAACCCAUAUAUUCUUGCAAAGUUCUCUUUCCCGAGCAUUUUUUCCUUUAAAACAAAUAUUUUUAAAUAUUUAUUUUCUCAUUCCUAACUGCUUCCAUAGCCUUUCGUGCUGCCAUCAUCUCCAGGGAUUAACACUGCAUAUGGAAAUAGAUAACAAGUGGAAAAUUCAAGGCAUCUUUGCUCCCUUAGUCAUUAUCACAGAAAUGGCAGGAAAAAGCUUCUUGUAAGAUGUAAGGAAAGUGUAUUGUGUUUGCAGCCAGCAAUAUUCAGUAGCUUCUCCUGAGUUUGGAGCAAACGAGAAAAAGAAAUGAGCUGAGAGGCUUGUGUGGUCAAAGAAAAGCUAUCUGAAGGCAGGGCCAAGAUACUUUUUUUGACACGUUAGGAAUUUUGUAAUGCCAGCAUAUUUUUCAUUUUUCCUACCUAUGGAACAGCAAUGCAUCUUCUAUACCAGGGUUUCCCAACCAUGACAACUUCAAGACUUCUACUUCCAGAAUUUCCCAGCCAGCCAACCAGAAAUAAUGUUAUUUUUUUUAAAAAAAUCAGUCCAAAUACUAGUUAAAUGUAAAGAUUAAAAAGUAACAGCUUAGCUGUUUUUUAUGGUCAAAUAAAUAUUUAUUUUUUAAAUGUGUCCUAGGGAGGAAAUCUUUCACUGCAUAGUAUACUAUAGAGAUUUCUCUCUCCUCUUAUUAUGGACUGGAACCGAGAGUGGGCAAAGCCCCCUCCAUUGAAUAGACUAUUGCUUUUAUCUAUCUUGUUCCUUGCGCAGCUUAUUUAUUUAUUACAGAAUUAAAUAUACAAGAGCCAAAUUCUUUAUUUAAAGUUAUGCUCAAUCCAACAUUGAAGUAAAUGGAGCCUGGAAAAGCAAAUGAAGAAAAUGAACUGUAAAACCAUAGGUGUAAAGUAUAAUGCUAAAAUAAACUACAGUAUUUGGUAUAUUAAA